AUGCGAAAGAAUACAUCUCCCUAUAGAAAUUAAAAACCAGGAUCUUCUUUAGGAAGAGUUCUCUUUAAACCAGAAUACUAAACUAGAAAUAAUUCAAAAGAGAAAAAGACAACAAAUAUAUCUCCCAUCAGAUUUAUUUUAAAUUCUAGACAUAAUUCAUUUGAAUACAAUACAAAAUAACCAUAAACCUAACAGUCUAUACUUCCUUCAUUAAACAAAAAGCAUUUUCAUCUUCAAUAUGUUAUUGGGAUUGGUGGUUUUGGAAAAGUUUGGAAAGUCACUUACAAAUCAUAAUAUUAUGCUAUGAAAGAAAUGAGUAAAGCCUUAGUCAUUUAUAAAAGAAGUGUGACUUCAGUUAUUAAUGAAUUACGAUUGUUAUAAAACCUCAAUCAUUCAUUUAUUGUAAAUGCAGUUGCAGCAUUCUAAGAUAAACAGAAUAUAUAUUUAGUUUUGGAUUAUUUAUAAGGAGGAGAUUUAAGAUAUCAUUUGGGACGAAACAGAAGAUUUAAUGAAGAAUAAACAAGUAUUAUUUGACCAAUAUCAGAGUUCAUUGUUUCAUGUGUUAUUGUUGGUUUGGAAUAUUUACAUUCCCAUCGUAUUAUUCAUAGGGAUCUCAAACCUGAAAACUUAGUCUUAGAUUCCAAAGGUUAUGUUAGGAUUACAGAUUUAGGAGUAGCAAGAAGAUUAGACACUUUAUAAAUUGAUACAAGUGGAACUCCAGGUUAUAUGGCACCAGAAGUAAUGUGUGGAUUAGAACAUGGCAUACCAGCAGAUUAUUAUUCUUUAGGAGUUAUAGCAUAUGAAUUAAUGCUUGGGAAAAGACCAUAUUAUGGUUAAAAUCGUAAAGAAAUAAGGGAUGCUAUUCUUGCUAAAUAGGCUUAAAUAAAAGUGAAAUUAGAAGGUUGGUCUUUGGAUGCUAUUGAUUUUAUCAAUAAAUUGAUUUAACGAAAGCCAUCUCAUAGAUUAACUGAUGUAAAAAAUCAUCCAUGGCUUAGAGAUUAUCCUUGGGAUAAAUUAAUUAAUAAAGUCUUACAAGCACCUUAUGUACCAUUAAAUAAUGAUAAUUUCGAUGUUUCUCAAAUUCAUUAUGAAGAUCAAGAAAAUCAAUUAAUAAUCAACCAAACAGGCUUCUUGAUAUCUCAAAAUUUAAAUGCUUUUGAAGAUUACUAUUAUGAAUAAAAUCUAAGAAGAAGAUCAUCAUUAAAUAGAUCAUUUUUUAUCAAAUGA